UCAGUAGAGAUGCCGCGUCCGCGAGCAACGCGUAUCGACGACGGUGUCAGUUAGCCCGACGGGGUAGCAUCGGGGUGGUUCCAGGCGAAAGUACGGCGAGGGGCGCGUCAGGACGCGGCUGACGCUCACGCGACCGACCGAGCGUCCUGCGGCUUCCGCUUCGAACCUAUUUUCACCGAGUUCUUCUUCUAUUUCAUCCAAUUUGUCCAUCGAAUCGUUCGAUUGUCGUAAACACGACACAUUUAACGAGGCAUUCUCGUUCGAUUGUUUCGAAGAAGUUUGUUCAUCGAGAAGAAAAAUUAAGGAUCAAGAAGAAACGAGUGAGAUGAGAGACCAGAAUGCCAGGAACGAUGUGGAGGAAGAAUUCAGAGAUAAAAGGAGAGAAACGUACGAUAAGUAGACGCCGUUCGGCGACGAUCACCCUACGCGUCCCUUCUUUCUAUCCCCCGAACGCGAUCGAUUUUAUUCCUCGCCUUGGGAUGAACGAUUCUUCGUGCACGAGCGACUGAUGGCUAACCUUUGAGCGCGGCUAACAGCAAGCUUCUGAUUAAACAGACUCGGUUAAGGGCGAUGGAAAAUGGUUUUAGCCUCGCUUCGCUGAUCGAUGUGGCUGAUCGUGAUCGAUCGGUUGAUCCGUUGAUUAUUUGGUACGUGGACUGGCUGGGGGAGUAUAGCCGGAAACUGCUAUAACUCGCGAAGUUAAAAGGCGGGAACGACGAUGCUGGAAAGCAGCCGCGAGCGUAGAAAACAUCGGCGAAUCGAGGAACGUGUGUCGCGGUUUACUGUAAUUAGGAGGAUGCCAUAGCCUUCUCCCGAGAGUUCGGUGAAGUAGCGAGCAGUUUUUGAAUUUUUUGCAGACGAAAGAUUCUCUCGGAGAAUGGCAGUUUCUAUUUCCUUUGGAAAUGUAUAUUUUCCGAGUCGUAUUCUUUUGGAAAUACGAACGAAAGAAAAAUUCUGUGUUUGAUCGUUGCGAUCUAGAAUCGAUUAUCGAAUCACGUUUCCCCGUCGAAGCAAACAAUUAAAUUCUUGCAGCGCAAAGACCAGCAUCGGGAAUAUAAGGAAGAUCGAGGAGCACUCGUGAAAUGGGAAUAUUCCAACUUUGAUCGAAGAACACGUUCGAAAGUAUCCUGGCUAGAUUGUCUCAACGAUGAAUCGAGAAAACGAGGAACAGCGACCAGUCCCGCAAACGCUUUGCGGAGUUUUGCAAAAAGAACCAGGUUGCAAAUGUUUGGUUCUGUCCGUGUUAAUAUACGGAUGCCUUGCCGCAGUGACGUGGUGUAGAUGCGCGAAUGUCACCAAGGUGAUAAUCAAUUUCUCGAGGUACCCAAUUAAAAGCUUGAGACACGUGUCUCCCUGUGACGAUAGCUACAUGUACAUUCUCAUGGCAUUCACGGGGAUGCUGUAUUUGAUCUAUUUGGUGGAAUGUUAUCAUUCACCGAUCAGGAUCGAUCUGUUACACGCGGAGAGCCAGGAUAGCGUGUUACUGAAGAUUUUGCAGCUAAAGUCGGCACAACCGACCAUCUGGUGGAAAGCUGUCUCGUACCAUUACGUGCGACGUAAACGUCAAAUUACUCGGUACAGAAACGGAGACAAUUACACGACGACGCAGGUCUACUACGAAAGGAUAAACACCCACGCCGCCACAUCUUUCUACUAUUACGACUACUGUGGCGUAAAGGACAUCAGCAAAGAGUUGAUCCUGAAUUCAAAAGUGCCGAUCACGAAGAUCAAUCUCAGUAAAGGAUUCGCCUUUUCGAACAUGAGAUCGGCGACAGAGUUUGAAGAGGCUAGGUCGAGAUUCUUCGCGGAACAAGAACUGAGAGACGAUUACAUGGAGAUGAAAGAAGGUCUGGAUCUCGGAUAUAAUUCAAACCCCACGAUGCUGGUGGCUGUUCUUGGCAACCCUUGGUUCACUAAUCGCUACGUCUAUUGGUGCUUGAGUGCUCUAUUGCUCAGCUGGCCUUUGAGAGUGAUCAUAGAGUACAAAUCGCAGUAUGCUGACUAUCAGAUCACCAAGCUCUUCGGAAUCAACUACGACACACCAAGCGGAAGCGAGCCAAUACACGCAUCCAUGAGCCAACAAACUAUCAACCAGCCCGGCUCGUACAUGCUGGCACCGAGUUACAGCGAAGCGCUUCUCAUGGACCCAGCACCGGACCAACGACCAGCCGAGUCCCAAGACGCAAGUAGAAUGGAAAUGGUGCCGAGUUAUUCGGAAGCGUUACUCUAUCAGCGAGCAGAGCAAGGCUGUAUCGUAACACAGGAAGUGAACGAGGAUUCGAACCGUCGAGUAACGUCGCGCGAAUGUACCUGUCCCUGCCACGCCGUCUCCUCUACUUUCGAAAUGAACGCGCAAGAAGGAUCCAGACAAGACGAAGAACAUGACCAAUCGAUGGAUCAGGCCAGACAGCCAUUGAUAGAAACCGCGAUCGAAGUACACCCUUCGAAUUGCACUUUGGUCAGCGAGACAGAGACCGGGAAGUGUGGAAGCUGUGGAAAAUUCUUGGUCGAGGCACAACUGGAGAGCUUAGAGAUGUCGAGAGGCGAGUGUAACGUAGAAAAUCCUGAGACAAGUUCGAUGACGGGCUUGCAGAACGUUAGAAGAGGGCCGAGGAUUAGUAUGAUGCCUAGGGACAUGUCUGAACCGAAUCUUAGGUCCAGAUCGGAAUUGAUGGAGGUUGACACGAGGUUCCUUAGAUUGAACGGACAAAGCUUGGGGAACAUUUUAGAGAACGAACAGGAAGAAGAAUUUGGUAUCGAGGAUAGAGUGGAAGGGAUUAGUGAAGAUAAGAUGAGCGAACCAGAAAGAGGAAGAAACUUCAGGUUAUCCCUUUGUUUCCUCGAUGAAACCAAUUCCAGGUCUACAGUGGCUGUAGACGCGAGUAGAGGCGCGAUACCGAAAAGGAUAGCCAGCAGAAGCAGAGUAAUCGCGAAUCCCAUGUCGAACGAGGCUUGCGGACUGCCCGAUUCGACAACGUAUUUUUGUCUCAAGUCGAUCCUUAAACAGAAUAAACGGAGAUACACUCUGAUUACCGCAAAGGAGCUUCAGAAUUUCUCGGACAGGGAGGAUGACGAUGCGAUCAGACGUUUGGAGAAUCGAUCCUCGUAUCACGAGGGCUGUAUUCCGGGUUUUGCUUCGAAGAACAGUACUGAAGAAAAAUUCGAUCUGUUCUCAAGAUCGAGAGAAAGCUUGGAUGCAUCUUCUGGAAGGAAGAAGAAACAGUUAUUGGAGAAUACAUCCACGGAUAAGAAUGAGGAUGGAUCGAAACGUGAAAGCAACAGAACUCUCAUCUUCGCUAGUCCAAUACAAGAAGUUUGUCCUGGCGAUCCUUUCGGAGGAAAAGACGUAGUUCGAACGCGACAAGAAGUAGAUUCCACCUCGCCAGAUGAGUCACCAAACCACACAGUUCUCAGCCAACUCGGACGAUCUCUCACCUGUGACCGGAAAUCAGCUCGACGUCGAUUCCAAGAGUCUCGUAGGCAGCGUUACUCGGACAGCUCCCAUCCUUUUUCCUUUUCCUGUCCACUUGAUCGUCAACAUCCCUAUCCAUACGCUUUCUCGGCGUCCACAGACGCCGUGGACACCACAGAAUUCGACAAGAACGUUCAACAAACCUCAGCUCGCGUUUACCAACACGCAACGUCUUUUCCGCCUUACGAAGGAUCGAUUUCCGGUCACGGCGACAAAUUUACCGAUCAGCAACCUACGAUACACAGAAUUUCUCCGAUGAACGUUCCUAGGUCAUCGAACAAGGCAGAACUGACCCGUUCAUUGACCGAAAGACGAACGAAAACGGUUCGAAACAAUGCGAAUUUUCGACGAAGCUUUACCGGAAGAGUAGAGGAUUACAGAACGGAGAAUAACAAAUGGGCGAAUCUGAACAUGGAGACAUCGUUAUAACGAAGGGACACGAGAUGAUAACUAUAAAUAUCCGUCCUGCCACUUUUCAACAUCCUGUACAUACAGCGUAAAUGCGAUUUAAUCGGCCCCGCCUUUGCUUCGAGCCGGAAGUUGCUCUCGAGUAGGAAGAAACUGAUCUUUUGGUCGAACUUUGUUUUGCAAUGAUACCGAGUUUUGUGAUUUUCCUUUGCAACAUAUAAUACUUUUUGAUCAGUCGAAUCCGAAAGUAUCUUACUCUUAAGGAGCGGAGAUGGUUAUUUUAAAUUCGUUGUGUAUAUUCCAAGGUUAUAUAACAAAAUUCAUGCGUAUUUUUUUCUUACAUUCGAUCACGAAAAUAUCUAAACACUUGACAUAAAAAUUUUCAUGCCAAAAAGUUUUUCUUAACGAAGGAACCAUAAAAUAUUGUAAUGAGACGCAAUUCGUAAAAAAUUAUUCGUUAUACGUUAUAAAAAAAGUCACGAAUUCGGUGUGCCCCAAAAACAAAGUUCAGCCGACUGUUUUGUUUUGAAAUUCGAGCGUGAAACGCUGUCGAUCUUGUCAAUAGGGGUUGUACCAUGGACUGGAAAGAAAAUUCUCUGUUUCUUAGCGGGAUGCACCUUGAUAAUGAUCGUGAGUGCAAUUUAUAAUUGAUCCAGCGUCAAUUAUACGUGCAGGUUUUGCGCGAGCUUCAUGAGAUGAGAGCUCCUCGAAGAACUCUACGAGAUCUUUCAAUACAAAAUUCAGGGCUAGGGAAUUUGAAAAUGAGAGCUAUUUAUAUACAGGCGUUUUUAUCCUGUUGUGUUAAAUAAGAUAGCAUGUUUAUGGUUAUGGGGUUUCAAUUAUAUUUAGAUCGUAUUGUUCCACAAUUCUCCUCGAUAAAGUGUUUCGAUUUUCGGCUAGUAGGAUGAGAUUGAACUGAUCCCUCGUUAUACUAAAUAUAUAGAGCAUUUUAUAUAAAGUAAAUUAAUAGAAAUUAAUAGAUCAAUUACAAAACAUUGGACUAAGUUGUUCGUAAAUUAUACGAUUCUUAAUGAACCACAUUUAAAAUAUAUUAUAGCCAAUAUUAAGGCUGUAUAAAGCAAGUUGUAUUAAAUUUUCAGAUCAAAUGAUAAAAAUUAAAAAGGAGAAAGAAUAUAAUUUAAUAGACACGAAUUGAAAAAUCACAAAUGAAACUCUGAAAAAUAAUAACUGUCGCCAAAAUAUAAAUAAAUAAAAAUUCAAUGGCACGAAAAUGUAAAGAAAAUAAGAAGAAUGUAUAUAUUAUGAGGGUUGGUUUAUUCUUAUCCUAACUUCAAAGUAUCUCCAUGCCCUUCAGAAACAUAGAGUAUGGAAACCGUACCGUGAGGUUAAUUCGUACGAACUUACUGUUCGUAAAAAAUGUUCGCUCAAACAUAAGCAAGGAAAAACACGUAGAUUUUACAAAGAAGAAGAUAUUGAAGCAAAGUAAGAAAUAUAGGAAAUCGAAAUAAUAAUCGAAUAUAAUCGAAAAGGAAAAAUCCGUGCCGAAAAACGAUUGAAAGUCUUCGCUUCUCCGUGCACAUAGAAUUACGAAAAAAAGUACAUAAGUAUAUAUAUACAUAUAUACAAUAUACAUACACACAUAUAUAUUUUUGUCUACAUGUUUGCUCGCUGCAACAAAGAAGAAAGAAGCUAUCCGUAAUUCCGAUCAUUUUUACCGGUCUCUCGAAAUUUUGACCGAGAACUUUGUAUUUAUUAGAUAUACAUAUAUACAUAUACUAUUAUUAUCGUAAUAUUAUCGCGAGGAUACAAAACGCACCGUUAAUGCUUUUAGGAGGAUAUUUUUCAUAUACGAAUAAUGUGUAUUGAUGCCAAUUGCUGAUCGUGAUAAUCAUUGAUAGAAGUCACUAUAUUAAAACAAAAUAAUCAUGGUAUGAUUAAGGGUCUAAAAUUUUUCUUCUAUUUUCCAUCCUCUCUAAAUGAACUAACAAGUUAACGGUGUAUUCUUGAAAAUUAUUUGAUUAUUAUAUUCUAUAUCUUUUACAUAGUACAUAGAUAAUAUUGUUUAAUAUUCAUUUGAUGCAUAUGAGGCUAGUCAACGAAAGAAUUAAUAACCUUAAUUAUAGCAUGAUUAUUUUUAUCUAGAAUAAAUUAAACAUACAAGAUUCUGGUAUCUGUAAUAUAUACAUGUGUUUGUACGUGUAAUUUUACACGAUGAUUCGCCUUUAACGAAAAGCAAGAUGAACUAACUGUAAGCGCUACUUAUCAACCCAUUCGAUUUUAAUCUAUCUAUUGAUAGAAAAAGGAUAACUAAAUCUUUAAUCGAAAUUUGAAUUCUUUCAAGAAUAACGAAAAAUAUGUAUGAAAUACUACAUGAUCGUAUAAAUCUUUUUGUUAUGUAAUACUCAAUUUUCACAUUUAUUCUGCAAAAAACGUAUAUUCGAAUGGGUUGAAAUUCGUUAGACGCAUCGUAAGAAUAUCUGAAAUUCGAAAAUUCCAAUACCGGUUAGCUGUUGAGUCUGUACUUACGAUUUCCGGAUUCUAAUUACGAGAACGCCAACGAAAUGUGCUCCAUAGUCAUUAAAUUUUCGUCCAGGUAACAAAAUCUUUCACAAAACCACCAAAAUUUCCAAAAUAUCCCGAUAUUUAUUCGAUUUUAGACGCUACCGGAUCACACGACAUACACACGUUCGCAUUUCGAACUACCAAAUCACAGAGAAUCACAAUUACGAUGCGAGAAUCGCAAGAAUAUCGCGAGAAUCGCAAUCAAGUCUCGCCUGUCGUUUUAGCGCGAAGUUCAAACGAACAAAAGCGUAGCUGAACCGCUAUAUAGACGUAGGCUUAUUGCAACUUGUUGAAUGACGAUCGACGAAGCAUGUGAUAAUGAAAUUCGAUACUCACGAUGUAUGUAUGUAUAAAUGUUAAGCAUCUCAGGAUAACGCGUGUAACUACUUUUUAAGUUUAAAACGAACAGCGUAUGACGAAUUUUUUGCUCUGCGUACGACAGAACGUUCGAUAAAUACGUCUGACCAAAACUAACUGCAAAGAGACACUUUCCGUAGUAUCGGAUAUCAUGACUCGAAUACAUAAUGCAGAAACUAAACGCAAAAUAUUUAAAAAUACAGUUACAUCGUGUUGGAAUUUGAUAUGAUAUAAUUAAAAUAUAAAUAGAAUAAUUAAUUAACAUGAGAAUUAAAUUACAUCGUAAUAGCUGUAGAAAAAUAAUUUUAUUAAAUAAGAUGCACAUUGACUAACAUCGGAAUUAAACGUUAAAAUUUGAAAGUGUCUCUUCCAACGAAAUAUUCGAGCCUUCAACGUUUGAGAAUUCAACGUUCAUCGAUUCAUAAGUUUAUAGUGGCAGAUAUCUAGGCUUUAAGAUGUAAUCGAAGAUUUUGAAAAUUAACUACCCAAGUUUGAAUAGUCGAAUGGUGUUUAUCCUUAAACGUGAAUUGAACUUUGCGUUGUUACGAAUCAACCAUCCAUCAAAGCAUUUCGAUUAAAAAUGAAUAUUACGAAAAUUUGGCUAUAGCAGAAAAGAAAUUGUACGCCAAGAAGGCUUUCGCGGAUUAUUGCUUAAUGCUCACACGAUUUGAAACCGUGGUAUUGGAAUACUCAUUGCCAUGCAAUGUUUAAGACAUAAACGUACCCAUGCCGUCUCAAAAAAGUGCUCUUCUAAAUAAAAAAUUGUUAAUACGGGGCGAAUUUUGUCCGUUAUUGCGCGAUAAUUGGGUAAUGCGUUUACAUGCGUUACGUACACGCAUAUUCGUUUGCGUAAAAAAGCCUGUAAUUGUAUACUGCUGCAUAUGUAACUAUUAUGAUUAUUAUUAACGACGAUAUACAAAUCAUUCUUGUAAAAACAAAAAAAAAAAAAAGGAAACGAUAUGGUAUAGUAUAAUAAACGUUGACACAAAAAAAAGGAACUUGUUUCCUCGAAA